AUGUCCGCUCUAUGCACCAUUUUCGCCGUUCUUCUCUUUCUAUUCGUUCGCUACAACGUGCGGGCGUUCCGUUUGUGCUGGCUUCGCGCCCAAAUGAGAAUCGGAUUCCCCGUGCGAUCGGCUCCACAACUGUUCGCGAAAAAUCUGGAGCUGACUGUGCAGUUUCGCACCCGGUGGUCCGGAAAAAUCGGUUACGCGUUGGCGGAGCGCGGACGGCAAGUGUGCCAUAGUGACUGCAUCGCCAUGAUCCGACACUUUUUGUGUCAGCACCUAGGCGCACGGUCGCGGCGCCGAUUGACAGUGCCGCCGAACGCGGUGAGCGUAUCGAUCGCCAUGCCCAAUUUUUCGGUCGGCACUCGUUUCGGUCACACGUUUUUUCCGAAAAUCGUCGAAAAAGUGCACGCGUCUGCCUUCUACACGUAUCAAAUGUUGUCGAAGCGCGUGGAAGCCACGUACUACAACGCGGGCGGUGUGGAAUUCCUCGCCGGCCUCUGCUAUUAUCCGCAACUCGCGACGAGCACUCAACUCACGACCGACAUCGAUCGCCGCGUGCUCAACAUUGCCACGUGGCAGUGCGAACCGUUUCCGCUGCGAGACCGCGCGUCAAUCUUCGCGGAACGAGGAGUGCGGAAUUACGGACGAUUCUGCGAGCGGCUCGGGAAAAGAGUGCUGGUGAACUUGACGGAAAACGGCGAAGCGGUGCACUUGACCGCCGAUCACUCGAGCGCCACUUUCCGGGCGGAGACCUGUGAGGAGUGCACCGACGAGGCCACGAACUACACGUUUGAGACGGAACGCGACGAUUGCUACGACUCGGACGACCAAUUUGCUGCCACCUAA